AAGCUGCGGAUUGACAGCUGCAACUCUACAACAUUGUCUUGACACCUUCAUCAACACGUCUAAAAAAGCGCCCUAAUAGCCCUCGCCCUGCCCGGAUUUCCUUUUUCCUCAACAAACGCCCGAAUACGCAACGCUCUCAGCGAUACAAACGUGUUCCUCUCCACACCCGAUAGCAGCCUCCAGCUCCGACUGCCGAACACAUCCGAUCGACGUCUUUGCCCAUGGCUACGACAGACUUUAUAACCGAAAAUCACGACGAUCGCGCCCAUAGACGAAGACCGUUUUCCACUUGGGUCAAGAAGCUGACAAGCUUCAAAAACUCCUCAGAUAACGACCGAACAAAACGAUACAAUAAAGUUAAGCGUGGCCAGAAACUCAACAACCCAUAUCCAGAAUCCGGCGUUGUUAGCAGGAAUCAUGGCCAGCAUCUCGCACACAGUGUAACGUCAUUUGGUACCCAGCAAACCGGCUUCCAGUCUGUUGGCCAGUCCACACGAUACUCGGUCGAGGAUCUUGUGCCUCCUACUACCGGAGGCCGGAGUAUAGCUGGAACUUUUUCAUCAGAGGGCGAGCGGCCCGUAUCUCUUACCGCACCAAGUCAUGGUGCCAGCUCGCUGACAGGCACAGCGCGGACCGUCGGGGGAGGUUUGGACUCGCGGCAUGGAGGCGACAGCACAUUUUCCAGCCCGGCGCCUUCGGUUCGAUCCUUGGCCACGACUUUGACAACCAUUCAGUCCAUUGCGCCCAACGGGCCACCAGCUGCGUCUUCGCAUAACACACAUUCCGUCCAGUUCAGUCAGCCGUUUCCAACCACAUCACCUGCUUCGGCCGUCCCUCCCCACCUGGUUCCUACCACGCAUCCAACCACAUACAACAGCGCUACAGCAAACAAUCUCCUGACUGAUAAUGCGUCCAUAUUGACCCUGGCCUCGUCGAGCAAGAGACGUCGACGUCGGUCAAUGGAUACGGACGCCUCGGUUCGAGCUUUAGCCCCAUCAUCACUGUGGGGAGGUAGCCGAGAGAGUCUGCCACUCAGUGUUCUAAGUUCCAACAUUGAAGCGACUACCCCAGGCAUUCAGUCCAAUGCCAGCAGAUUAGGAAUGGAGAGAAGCAGCAUAUACUCUACAACGGGAGUCACACCAGCCCUACCGAGUGAGCGCAACAGCUUAUAUACGAAACAAGUCCAAGGCGAUGGUGCCAGCGUUAGAAGUGGUUUCCAUGGUCAUGGGCGGCCAGGGAGCAUCAGUGGAAGUCUUGCGGGCGUGACUGGUACGCUAGCAAGCCCUCGUGAAGCCCAUGACGAGAAACAGUUGGGAGAAUCCAGCCAGGGCGACAACCUCUAGAGCAGGAGAACUUGCAUGAGCCUAUGGAUUUAGAUGAAGAAAGGGGUUAUUCCGGUUAUUAUAAUCAACAUUGGAGACGGUUUUUUUUAAUAUUGAUAAACAUCGCCAUGGUCAUUAUUCGGCGACUUGACAUUUGGCCUCAUGGCUCUUUUUUUUAGUACGGUACAGGGCUAUUUCUACUUGCUUGCGUUAUUUUCUGAUUUUUAUAUUCCCAUUACACAUUAUUUGCAUACCCAGGUACAAUUGCCAUCAAUGAGGAAUACAAUAUUAUAUUACUACAAUAUCAUGUCUGGAAUAUAGGCUGGCACACUGCGUAUAACGACAACCCACUCGUUAUAAACGUGUGCGUGCGAGCUACAUUGGAACCGGUCCCUCAGAUAACUGGGGUUCUGAACACCUAUAUAAAAUAGAAGAUUUUAUUCUUUAUCAA